AUGAAGGUUUUCACUCUUUUGACUCUUGCACUCACUUCAUAUACUAUUGCAGCUCCAUUUGAAGCUCAGGACCUGGGGGAAAAAUUCACUCAAGCUUUGAGCUAUGUCGAAAACAAGUAUCAUAUCAGCAUCGAUAUGGACGACUUUGAAUGGCUAAGAACUGGACACAAAGCUACAGGUGACUUCACCAAUAGCCAGAUUCCAGUUUGCACUGACUCUAGUGGUCCGAAAGCCAUGAAUACUUCUUCUGCUGUUAACGCAAGAACUACCUUGUCCACCUCGUUCUUGAAUGCUACUCGCAGUUCGGAACCUACUGGUCAGAAGUUGUCUUCUUCAGUUGUUUCCAUUACCGCAGCUAGUGUUGUUGAGUCUCCCACCUCUCAAAGUGAAACUUCUGCAAGCAUCUCCUCGAGCGGUUCUCAUACCGGUAGAGGCACCUUCUACGAAGUCGGCGCUGAUAACUGUGGAACAUCCAGCACCAACUCUGACUUGGUCUGCGCCAUUUCCCAUUCCCUUUAUGAGACUUCUGUCAAUGGUGAGGAUAUUUCAUCCUACUGUGGAAAGACCAUCACUGCAAACUACAACGGAAACUCUGUUACGGUCAAAGUCGUUGACUCUUGCGAGUCAUGUGGAGACAAUGAUUUGGACUUUUCUCCAGCUGCAUUCUCGAAGCUGGCAGAUCUGGACAUCGGCGAAAUUGAAAUCACCUGGUCUUGGGAUUAA